AUGGACAAAGCUCACCCUCCUGAGUUGAAGAAAUUUAUAGACAAGAAGUUAUCACUGAAAUUAAAUGGGAGCAGAUAUGUCCAAGGAAUAUUGCAGGAAUUUGAUCCUUUCGUGAAUCUUGUGAUAGAUGAAUGUGUGGAGAUGGCAACGAGUGGGCAACAUAACAACACCGGAAUGGUAACAUAAGGAAAUGGUAUCAUCACGUUAGAAGCCUUGGAACAACUAUGAACAAUGGCUGUGUUCACCAGAGAGAUUAGCUGCUUCCACAUGUCUCUUCCCCACAUUUUACUAUGAUAAAAAUUGGGUCAUGUACAUUUUCUUAUUGAACAUUUUUUUGUUAAAUAAGCUUUUGUAACAGUAAAUAAAUAAAUAAAUAGCCAUAGAGCUAAAGAAUAUCUUGAAAUAGUGUUUAAAACAUCUUUAUAGGGAGAAAAGUGACAUUAAAAAUAAGGCUGAUGUAGAGGAUGGGUACAGCUCAGUAGUAGAGCACGUGCCUUCACGAGCUCCUGAGUUCAAUCCCCAGUACCUCCAUUAAGAAAAAAAAAAAAAAAGCUGACUUAAACAGAGGUAAUGUGGGUUUACCAAGUGAACUCUUGAAAGAAUGUGGUGAGGCUGAUGAGGUAUCUAAU